AUGGCAAAGAAGAGUUACAAACAGCAUUCCAAAUCUGAGAAAAUCCAGGUGGGCUGUAUGUCUGGGCUGAUUCGCUUGCUUGACUUCCGUCGCAGUCCAAAACUUCUUUCAGAUGGGACAGUCAAAAGAGAUCCAAAAGGUUUUGAAGAUAUCCAUGGAAACAAAUCUGCUAUUAAUGGAAAAGACCACAGGGUUGAAUUGAUUUAUGCUGGUAGAUCAAGUAUUAGAUCUUUGAUGGAAGAAGAGAUGGCCAGCAGCACACAGCCCUUGAAGCAAGCACAAAGCAAUCUAACUGGGAUAUGCUCUGAAGAUAUUGAUCUAAACUUGGCUGCAAGUCUCAGGGAAAUCUACAGAUCUCGUACUGAAGGCCAAGAAAUCAGGAAUUCAAUUAAGUCAGGUUGCAGUUCCAUUUCGACUGACAAAGAGAACAAUACUGACACUCCUCAUUUCUAUCAGAUCCCAUCUAGUAUCCAGAGAGCUCUAGAAGAUGUCGCUGAAGCAGUUAUAAGACAUCAAUCUGCAAACAAAAAAUACAUAAACAACGGUGAUGAAACUAGGUCCAGAGAAUUCGUUGAUGCCCUACAGCUACUGAGCUCAGACAAGGAAUUAUUUCUGAUGCUUAUGCAAGACCCAAGCUCUAGGUUGUUAGAAUGUCUCCAAAACCUUUACAUGUCACUAGGAAGUACCAAGUUAGACUCUGAAGAAUAUGACGAAGAAACUGAGUUGCAAGGUAUGACCAAUAGUCUAGAGCAGCCAGUGACUUCUCCAAGUAAGGUGCAAAGAAGCCAUAAUUCUUUCUUGAAGGAGGAUAGGUUGGUCAUGAGGAAACCACCAAAGUUAAAUGAUAGUUCUCGUGGCCUUAGCAGAAUAGUAAUCUUGAAGCCAAGUCCUGCAAGAGGUCAUAGCAGUCUUAUCUCAGGUAGCGCAACUUCGUCACCACUAUCAAAUCAUAUUGAUUUGCAAGUUCAGGAAGCCAGUGAUAAACAUGAUUGCCAUUUCUCACUUAGAGAGCUUAAAAGGAGGCUAAGGCUUGCCAUUAGCGAUAAUCGGAAGGAUCACCAGUUAAACUCCACGAGUAGUAAUUUUCAUAAAGCUGACGCUGAUUCUGGCAAACUGCUUCCAGUCACAAGUAUGUCGGAGACAGAGAGUCUGGGAAGUACAGAUUCUUCUGACAGGGCUAAGGAACCAUCUAUUGUUGACAAGAAAACAGUCACGGAAGAUAGUGUAAGUGGGAUGAGAAAUGAUGUCGCUUAUGGUGUCGGUGUCAGCUCUUUCUCCUAUGAAAAAGCUAAGAUGUAUAUAAUUGAGAGAUUAAAUGAUCAAGGCGAAGAAAGUUAUCAAAUUGUACAGAAAUCUGAAUCUUUUGAGAGAUUAAUUUCACUGCCCGAGAAUGAUAGAUUUUCUCCAAGUGAUUGCCCUCGAGAGGAGAAAAUUAGCAUGGCACAUGAAGCUACAGAAUCGUUGAACAUGCAUACUACUGAGCAAGAGGAUGGUUCAGCAAGCCCUUACUCAACAAGGCUGUACCAGGAGACAGAAUCAGCCGACACUAGCAACUUAGGUACACAAAUGUUGAUUGAGCCCACGAUAGAUCAUGGUAGCCAUCCACAAAAUGAGGGCGCUAUCUCACAGGAGUUGAUCUGUGAAGGGGUUAAGAUCAUGCUAGAUACAAUGGAGAUAUCACCGCUCUGUGCUGAGACUGGAACUUCGCAGGAAGGAGUGGGAGAGACAAAUCCAGACGAAUGUUCAUUGGAGGAACCACAAUCCAUACCAGAACUAGCCCUGUAUUCUCCAGAUGGCUCCGUUAAUGAACAUGAGAACCAUAUUCCAUCAGAAGUUGUUGAAUUAGUCAAACCAUCUGUAUUGACAUUACCAUACUCGCUGGAAAAUACUAAUGACAAAGAGGAGAAAUUGAGUCCACAAUCUGUUCUUGAUCCCAUUGUAGGAGAAGUUACUGGUCCUAGACACAAAACUCCAAAGCGAGAUGAAUUCUCCAUGCCUACUUCCAGAGUGCUGUUCAAAGAUGUUGACGCUCCUUCAACAUCCGCAGCUUUGUGGAAUGGACCACAAGUAGCCAUUUUGGAUGACAAAGCCACAAGGGUGUCCUUCAUCAAGGCCGUGCUAGAAGCUUCAGAAUUGCUGUCUGAGGAAAAUUCGCAGAGAUGGUACACAGAAGAGCCACUGCUUGAUGUAUCUGUAUUGGCUGAAGUAGGAAAUUCGUACUGCCUGACAGACGAUGCAGUGCUUUUGUUUGACUGUGUGGAAGAAGUUCUUCUCAAGAUAAGGGACAAGUUCUUUGGUACCGACCCUUGGGUUAAUUUUCUGAAACACAAUGUACGACCAGCUCCAGUAGGAACACAUCUCGUUCAAGAGGUGGCUGAGGGAAUCGAUUCUCUUGUCGGUAAAGAAUUUCCAAACACUUUAGAACAGGUGAUGAUGAAAGACUUGGACAGUGGGUCGUGGCUGGAUCUUCGAGGCGAUACUGAAAGUGUUGUAGUUGAGUUGUGGGAUGGUUUGUUUGAUGACUUACUGGAGGAAGUGGUUUUUGAUUUGUGGCUUUGA